AUGGUUAAGAUUGCUACUGUCACCCUUGCUGUUCUGGGCGCCAUUGCUCCCUUCGCCGCUGCGAACAACUGCAAGACCAGUCUCAACUACUGUGGCUAUAACCUCCUCGGUAUCGGAAACUAUGCCGCCCAAGUGAACAGUGCCCUGGAGGCAUCCAACCAGCCAACUGAUGAUGCACACAUUCGCGAGUCUCUUUUCCACUGUAAUGGAGGAAACAACGGAGACAUCUCUUUUAUCUCUUACUGUGGUGGUGGUUGCCAGGAUGGUGGAUCUGGCAACAGCGACUUUUGCUAG